GUUGAUAAUUAUCUUUUCUAGUUACUUUGAACAAAACUAGUAUUAAGAUGUAUUAUUCAAGAGUAGCUACUAAAAGUAACAUGCGUUUGAAAAGUUUGAGCUUUACGAUGCUAUAGAUGGGAGUAAUUAAUAAUGUUUUUUGUUUCUAGAAAAAUGUCAGCUCGAAGCCAGAAUCUUGUUAAAUUAGCAAUAGAACAAAAACCUAAAGAGAUCUUACAAUCUUCUUGUGUUAACCCAAUCUCUGAUCGAACUUUGAAGGUUGUUGAAAAUCAUAAACCCGGAACUCAUAUUGAAUUUGACAUAGAAAAUUUGGUAGAUGCAGGACUUAUUUUUGAAAAUGAGCAAUUAAAUUUUAUUGAUAACCAACAAUGUGUGCCUUUAGAAGUUAACAGUACAAAUCCUGAACCCGUUUGUUCCAGUGCAGAUAACGUUCACACCGAAGCUUGUGUUUUGCCACUUAACGUUUUACCAGCCCACAUCAAUACGGAUCUACAAUGCUUUGAAAAUAGAGACAUCGUUGAUGUCGAUAUCAAUGGACUUAUUUCAUUAAAUACUACAGAUGAAGAACAUUUAGCUACUGAGAGAGAAUGUCGAUCUACAGGAUAUUUUAGAACUACGCCUACAGAUGAAGUAGAUUUUCCAGUAUUAUCUGAUAGUGAUGAUCCAGACUAUAAUAUUGCACCAUCUGAUGAAAACAGUGAAGAUGAAACGGAUGCUGAAAAAAACAUUGCCCCCCCGCAAAAUGCUACUUACGAAAAUCAGGAAGAAACUAAUACAGAAGAGGCAGUCCACUUAAAUAGAUCGAAAAGAGCUCAACCAGAAAAUUGGAAAAGGGAGAGGAAUAAAGUUAAAAGAAUGAAAGGUGAGAACUAUUUAGGAUACACUAGAACCAGAGAUGGAAAAGUAAGCCAUAACGUACAGCGCGAUUCUAGAAAGUCAGUACAUUGUGAGUCAGAAUACUGUUUAAGAAACAAAAGAUUUUGUAGCUCCAUAUCUAUAGAAGACUCACAGAAACUUUUUUCAAAAUUUUGGAGUUUAUCGUGGGACGAGAAAAAAGUGUAUGUCUGCUCUUUGGUAGAUUAUAACCCAAAAAAACGCAGCUAUACUGCUGGCCCGUCUAGAAGAUCCGGCACAUUUAUUUACCAAUUAAAAGUUAAUAAUGAGAAACUUAAAGUAUGCAAACGAAUGUUUUUAGGCACUUUGGGACUAAAAGAAAAAAUGGUACAUUGUUGGCUAAAAAAAAGUAGCUCGGGAAUAGUAGAAAAAACAGAAAGAGUGGUAAAUAAUAAUGAAGCAAGUCGUGAAAACGAAAAAAGGAGAAAUCACCUAAAUACUUUUUUUAAUGAAUUGCCGAAGCAACCGUCCCAUUAUUGUAGAAAAGACAGUUCUAAAGUGUACUUGGAGCAAACUUUUCAAACAAAAUCUCAGAUCUAUAAAUUAUACAAAGACAAUUGUCUGGAGAACAAUAUCGAACCGUACACACUUUUCCCUUUUUACCGUGUAUUUGAAGAGAUGAAUUUGUCGAUUUUUCGCCCAAAGAAAGACGAAUGCGAUGUGUGUUACGGGUAUAAGAUAAAGCAAAUAUCUGAAGACGAUUACAAUGCACAUUUUGCAAAAAAAACUAGAGCAAGGCUUGAAAAAAACAAAAAUAAGGAAGAAGCUCUCCAAAAUCAGGUUUAUACAUUCACUAUGGACACACAAGCGGUAAAAUUAUGUCCAUUUCUAAACGUGGGUGCUUUUUAUUAUAAAACAAAACUCCAAAUUCAUAAUUUUACCAUUUAUAACCUAGAGUCUCAUAGUUGCGUAAACUAUGUAUGGAAUGAAAGUGAAGGUGACUUAAGUGCAUCUAUUUUUGCCACUUGCAUAAUAAAACAUUUAAAAGAAAAUUGUUUGGCCGAUAAAAAACCCAUUAUUUUAUUUUCUGAUGGCUGUUGCUAUCAGAAUCGUAAUGCUAUAUUGUCUAAUGCAUUACUGCAUUUCUCAAUCGAGCAUAAUGUUGUUAUUGUGCAGAAAUAUUUGGAAAAGGGUCACACUCAAAUGGAGUGUGACUCUGUCCAUGCUUUAAUCGAAAAGAAAUUAAAAUAUCGAAUUAUACAACUACCAAGUGAGUACAUUUCUGUAAUUCGCGAAGCUCGAUCAAAACCUAAACCUUUUGAUGUCUGUUACCUAACUCACGAUCAAUUUAUAAACUUCGAUGAUAAAUCAUCAUUUAUCUAUAAUUCUAUUAGGCCAGGAAGAAAUGUUAAUGAUCCAACGGUUACAGAUCUUAGGGCCUUAAUGUAUACCCCAGAAGGAAAACUGUUUUAUAAAAUUAACUUUGAUGAUGACUACAAAGAAUUACCACAAAGACCAAAACAAAAUAACAUUAAAAUAGUUUUAUUCCAAAGAUUAUUUCAAGAGAGACUAAAGAUAAAACAUUCUAAAUGGUUGCAUUUGCAGCAAUUGAAAACGCAUCUCACAUCUGAUACGCAUUCUUUCUAUGAUUGUCUUCCACAUCAUAUAGAAUAG